UUACAAAGGAGUUUUGGGAGAAAAGGUCCAAGAUAAGCAGAAAAUGUUGCCAGUUGAUGGGGAAGAAAGGAAGUCAGAGGGCUUAGACACUGAGGGGGACAGAACAUCUCCAUGUGCACUAUCAUCUGCUACCCUGAAGGAUCUGGAUGCAAGAGGCUCUGGGCGGAGGUGCAGUGACCCUGCAGGCCAGCCCUCUAACCUUUUCCCACAGCGGGGACCAGGUGCCCCUCUGCCAGCUGAGACAGUCCACACACACUGCAGCCCUAAUGAUUGUUCUACCUCUCCCCCACUCCACUCCUCCUCCACCUCCUCCUUGCUGCAUGUGCCGCAGAGCCCGUGCCAAGAACCAGCAGUAGUCCUGGACUCCAGGACUGUAAAAACCAGUCAACUGAAGAACACCAUCAAAUCUUUGAAAGAACAGAAGAAACAAGUGGAACAUCAGCUGGAAGAAGAAAAGAAAGCAAACAAUGAGAAAUGGAAAGCCAAAAAAGAGUUAGAGGUGAUUCAAAUCCAGAGAUUGAACACACAGAGGAAACUAAAUACGGACCUUUAUCACACGAAACGUUCUCUCAAAUAUUUUGAAGAUGAGUCCAAGGAUCUGGCCAUCUGCCUGCAACAUUCAUUGCAGCGUAUAGCAGAGUGGGCUCUCUCUGCUGUCACUGCCACACAGGAGAAGAAGGAGGACAGUACCUCGAGCCGCAGUAAAGCAGUUAUCGAGUAGCAGUUAGAGCGGUCCAUACAGGAGCAGGCACUGCUGAAUGCACAAGCGACACGGUUGAAGGAGUUGCUUAAACAAAUCCGGCUAGAGAGAGAUGAAUAUGCUCAACAUAUAAAAGAAGAGAGGGCCCAGUGGCAGCAGAGGAUGAGGAAAAUGUCACAGGAGGUUCGCACAUUAAAGAAGGAGAAGAAGCAUGAAACGCAUCGGGUAGAGAAGCUGGAGAGGAGCUUGUAACUCAAAAACCAGAUGGCUGAACCCCUGACCCUGGAGCCUCCAGCAGUGCCCUCUGAGGUGGAGCUGCAGCACCUGAGGAAGGAGGUUGAGAGAGUGGCAGCAGAACUCCAAGCCCAGGUGGACAACAAUAAGGGCAUGAGUGUCCUGAUAUCGGGGCAAAAGGAGAGGCUUCGGGAGCAGGACGCGAGGCUUCGGGAGCAGGGGGAGAGGCUUUGGGAGCAGGAAGCGAGGCUUCAGCAGCUGGCCGAGCCACAGAGUAGCUUCGAGGUGCUGAACAAUGAGAACAAGAGCUCUCUGCAGUUGGAGCAGCAAGUAGAGGAGCUGCAGGAGAAGCUUGGCAAGGUGAAGGAGACAGUAACCUCUGCCCCAUCCAAGAAGGAGGCAGCGGUCCCAGCCCCAGUGACUGGGGGCGAGUCUAGCGGCCUUAUGGACCUCCUGGAGGAGAAGGCGGACCUGGGGGAGCGAGUGGAGAAGCUAGAACUUCAAUUCCUCCAGUACUGGAAAGACAGAAGCCAUCAGAAUGUGCAUCACCCUAGAACACAGCCAGGGGGCAGUGCCCAAGAUGCGGCAACAGGAGGAGGACAUCAUCAGGCUGGUCCAGGACAAGGAGGAGAUGAAUGUGAAGCUGCUGGAGCUGCCGGAGACGAUGUUGUGGCUUGUGAUGACUACAACGAGGGACACGGCAAAUUCCCGGCCACUGCCCUGAACCCUGCUGAUGAGCCCGGUCCAGGCGCCCCAGCCCCCCAGGAGCUUGCGGGUGCUGACAAGCAUGGUGAUCUUUGUGAGGUGAGCCUCACUGACAGUGUGGAGCACCCAGGCUUGGGCAGCAACUCCUGUAUGCUGUUCUUUUGCUGGGCUUGGCUGCUGAGAAGAAGGAGAUAAACAUCACCAUCGUCAAAGAGCUGCUCAAGAAAUUUUAAAAGAGGAAACAAAGUUAUGGGGUUAAUCUCCUACCCAAUUCAUUUACUUCAAUGUUAGAGCCACUCAUGAUUAUUUGUGUUUGUAAUUUAUAGUUUAUUUGUAAAAAGUUAAAGGAGAGUGGGUCUCUGUGGCUUUCACUGAUGUUCACUCUGGCAUCCUUUAGCAUUUUUCUUUUUUAGUUUCAUAAUUGUAGGUCAUUAGCAUGCAUAUCGAGUUUGCCCUUAUGUGGUGGGAGUUCAAAUACACAAAGACCCACUAUUUGCACAAAAUUAUUGUUGCUAGUUUGGAAUAGGCUGCCAUGCUUUUUUAAUGUUAUUGCAGCAUGUGUAUUCAUUACAGAAUUCAGAUAAAAUUUGCUUAUGUUCUGCUAUUGUUUCAUCUGAUCUUAAUCACAGUGAGCUCUUCAUUAGCUCAAUAUGUGGUUUGCCCCCAAGUGUGCACUGUUUAUUACUUUGUAAUAUGCCACUAUGAGUACUGACAUUUAGAGUUGUUUAAAGGCCGAGAACUGGAAAUGCCUUUCCCCUAUUUUCUGUGUAUUGGUGAUGGGAGUAGUAACAUUUUGGGGGAGCUUUUAAAAUCUCACAGAAGAGGAAAGUGGCCUGCUCUGGC